CGCAGCGAUCUCAGUGGUGGAAAUGUUGGACACGGGGAGGGUCGACUUUCAGAUGACAUUGACGCUAUGUAGAUGAGAGCGGGGGAUUUGUGCUCCGUGGAAGAUCCCUGGCCGAAGUUAGACGGUGCUUUGAGGUGAAGCUGCUCCCGUUUCGCUGCGUUGUUUCCCCGCUCUGCUCUGCUUGUCUCUCUCCUUCAGCACCACCGAGCUAACGGACAGCACCACUCACCUUUCCCCUCCGGAUCCUAGUUUGGUUCUGCUUCUCUUUAUCUUCAAAUGGAAAAUCUUUUCUUCGGUCUGCUCCGGGAGAAUCUGUAAGGACACAACUUUUAGAUGAACGUACGGAUACUAUACCAUCGCCCAAAAUUCUGUCUGGUAUAGAAGUUUGAUUGUGCGGUUUCCCCAACUGGCUCGGUGUUCCCGCUUCUUCACCUGAUUUCCUGCCCAUCUAACCUUCCCUUGGCUGGGUAACGAACCGCGAAGCUGCUGUCUACGUGGACCGGUGGGGUUAAAAUCUUCCGUCCGCCUUCCAGUCUUGUCAGGAAAUCAAAAUCUAAACAGAGAGACAGAGACAUGGCGACGAAUGGUACUAAAGGCUCUGACGGACACGUUCUAACGGAGGUGAAUGCCGAGCCUAACGACAAACCCAAAACUUUGGUCGUCAAAGUCCAGAAAAAGGAACUUCCCGAAAGAGAGAACUGGACUGGAAAAUUUGACUUUCUCCUGUCUUGCGUCGGGUACGCAAUUGGACUGGGAAAUGUCUGGAGAUUCCCUUAUCUAUGUGGGAAGAAUGGAGGAGGGGCCUUCUUGAUUCCCUACUUUUUGACGCUCAUAUUUGCUGGUAUGCCCCUGUUUCUGCUUGAAACGUCCCUCGGUCAGUACACAUCGAUUGGAGGGCUUGGGGUGUGGAAACUGGCUCCCAUGUUUAAAGGUGUUGGUCUGGCCGCUGCAGUGCUGUCUUUCUGGCUAAAUAUUUAUUACAUCGUCAUCAUUGCCUGGGCCAUAUACUAUUUGUGGUCCUCCUUUACUACCGAGUUGCCAUGGCAAUCAUGUGGAAAUUCUUGGAACACAGAGCGAUGUUACACCAACUACAGCAUCCUGAACGCUGCCAACCUCACCAGUGCUGUUCAGGAAUUCUGGGAGCGUAACAUGCACCAGUUAACAGACGGUCUGGAGAAGCCUGGGGAGAUCAGAGCGCCUCUAGCCAUCACGCUGGCCAUCGCCUGGGUCCUUGUCUAUUUCUGUAUCUGGAAAGGUGUCGCCUGGACUGGGAAGGUGGUGUACUUCUCAGCGACGUACCCCUACUUUAUGCUCUUCAUCCUCUUCUGCCGCGGCAUCACUCUGCCCGGAGCCAUCGAUGGAAUCCUCUUCUACAUCACGCCCAACUUCGAGAAGCUCAAGGAAUCAGAGGUGUGGUUGGAUGCUGCCACUCAGAUCUUCUUCUCCUAUGGGCUGGGGCUGGGAUCACUGAUUGCUCUGGGAAGCUACAACCCAUUCAAUAACAAUGUUUACAGAGAUUCUGUCAUUGUGUGCUGCAUCAACUCGUUCACCAGCAUGUUCGCUGGCUUAGUCAUCUUCUCCAUUGUGGGCUUCAUGGCCAACGUGACUAAGAGGCCUAUAAUAGAAGUAGCAGCCUCAGGUCCUGGCUUGGCGUUCUUGGCCUACCCUGAGGCAGUAACCCAGCUGCCGAUCUCUCCUCUCUGGGCGAUCCUCUUCUUCUCCAUGUUGCUGAUGCUUGGAAUCGACAGUCAGUUCUGUACAGUGGAGGGCUUCAUUACUGCCUUGGUGGAUGAGUUCCCCAGAGCUCUGAGAGGAAGAAGAGAACUCUUCAUCGCUGCCGUCUGCCUGGUCUCUUAUAUCAUCGGCCUGUCCAACAUCACACAGGGUGGGCUGUAUGUGUUCAAGCUGUUUGACUACUAUUCAGCCAGCGGAAUGUGCCUGCUCUUCCUGGUCUUCUUCGAGUGCGUCUCCAUAUCCUGGUUCUACGGUGCCGAUAAGUUCCUUGCCAACAUUGAGGAGAUGAUUGGCCACAAGCCCUGCCUGUGGUGGAAGCUCUGUUGGGUCGUGUUCACUCCUCUUAUUGUGGCUGGAGUGUUCCUGUUCAGUGCUGUCCAGAUGGUUCCUCUCACCAUGAACAACUACGUGUUCCCGGCCUGGGGACAGGGAGUAGGUUGGUGCAUGGCGUUGUCCUCCAUGCUCCUGAUACCUGGAUACAUGAUCUAUAUGUUCCUCAACCUCAAGGGGGAUUACAAAGAGCGUCUGCGGAUAAUGAUCCAGCCCCCGAUGAUGGUGAAAGGAGAACGCCAGGAGAACGGCCCUGAGCAGACUGCAGCAGAAGCAGAGAACUUGGCAACUGAAGAGGCUUACAUCUAAACCUUGUUACUACAUCCUAAACCCUCGAGGCAAACUCUCUGCAGAAAACAACGUAAUCAAGGUGAAACACAAUCAAGGGAUUCGUCUCAAAUGGCACACAAUUACCUAUGUAGUUACACUACUUUUGACCAGGGCCAAUAUAGAUAGUGUUUCAUAUAGGUACUAUUCACUAUGGGCCCUGGUCAAAUGGAACCCUAUUCCCUAUGGGCCCUGGUCAAAUGGAACCCUAUUCCCUAUGGGCCCUGGUCAAAUGGUACCCUAUUCCCUCUGGGCCCUGGUCAAAUGGUACCCCAUUCCCUCUGGGCCCUGGUCAAAUGUUACCCUAUUCCCUCUGGGCCCUGUUCAAAUAGAACCCUAUUCCCUCUGGGCCCUGGUCAAAUAGAACCCUAUUCCCUAUGGGCCCUGGUCAAAUGGUACCCUAUUCCCUCUGGGCCCUGGUCAAAUAGAACCCUAUUCCCUAUGGGCCCUGGUCAAAUGCAACCCUAUUCCCUCUUGGCCCUGGUCAAAUGGAACCAUAUUCUCUCUGGGCCCUGGUCAAAUGGUACCCUAUUCCCUCUGGGCCCUGGUCAAAUAGAACCCUAUUCCCUCUGGGCCCUGGUCAAAUGGAACCAUAUUCUCUCUGGGCCCUGGUCAAAUGGAACCCUAUUCCCUAUGGGCCCUGGUCAAAAGUAGUGCACUACAUAGAGAAUAGCAUACAUAGGGAAAAGUGUUCUAUUUGAGAUGCAAAAAAAAUAAAUGACUUCGAUGUCUAUCUAAUCACCUACCUCCAGGGGAAACAUGUGACCAACCUGAUUACUAUUUAGUUUUCUUUUUUUUUUUCUUAAAUUUUUUCUUAAUUUUUUUUCUUUUUUUUCUUUUUGUUGGUUUGUAAAAGAAAAAAAAGGAGUAAAACAGAAAGUAGAAAGGUAAAGUAGAUUAACUAGCCAGAUCAGAAUGAAGAACGGCUAUGUUACAGGACAUGCAUGAUGUUAUUGUCAACGGUUCUAUUUCAUAUGCAAAACAUUUUAGUCUUUUCUGAAAUUAUUACCUAGAAAAUUACUGUAAUUUUGAAUUAUAAUUUAAAUUUGGAGGCCCAAUAUGAUUCAACACUACUGUGCUAAUUUAAGAUAUUUACUUAAAUUAAUCUAUUAAAAAUACAAUUAUUGUAAAAAGGUUAUAUAUAGAUUAUAAUUCAUACGUGUUUGUAUUUAAAAGAAAUGUAGAAAAAUGAAAGUGUUACAGAAAGUAGUGAAAUGCAAAAUGAAAGAUGCAUAGUGGAAUUGAAUAUUGACCAAUUAUAAGCAAUGACCAUUAUGGGAAAGUGCAACCUGAAUGGCCAAAUAUCCAUAUCUAUGUAUAUAAUAUUAUCACUGUUUUCCAAGAUCCGGCCAUUUUUACCACUCUUUUACCCCCUUGCUUAUUUUCCCGGAGCAACCCUUUGAAAAGCACAAAGGCCAAUGUGGAUCUCACAACCUCCCAUUCGGUAUGACUAUUACACAAUGCAGAUGAACAUUAUCAUACCAGAGACUGUUACAAUUGUAUCUUUGUUUUCUAAAGAACAAUAACUUCUUCUUUUUUUUUUUUUUUUAAGAAUCAUUUUGUAGGAUGUGUUCUAUGUAAGAGUGAGAUGGACCAAAAUCAUACACAUGUCAAUUAAAAUAAAAAAAACACGAUGACCAACCUAUUGACAUGAGACAUAUCCCUCCCAUCCGGUCAAUGCAGAUAACACAGUACUAUAAGCAUUAUUAUCACAGAAGUAGCAUUUGAGCAGUGACUGCAUGACAAUUCCUUCUAACAAUCCAGAGAUACUGUUUAACUUCAAACUUGUUUCCCACAUUAGUCCAGAUCUCAGGAACAGUCGUGAAAAGUGACCAAAUUUAUCUGAUGAAACUACUGAGAUGAUAGCCAGUCGUCUGUUGUUAGUCAAUCAUUCUAGUCCUAGUCUGACUGUGCAGGUUUCCUAUGUCAGGUUCUGAAAGAGAAGUGUUAUAGAUGGACCAAAACCUACCCUGGUCUGAAAACAUAGGCCAAUAUUACUACUGAAAUUAUACAUUUAUUUUUAAAAUAAAAAAAAAAGGAAAUAUUAAUUAUCAAGUUGUUUUUCAAUAAAUACAUAUAUAUAGUAUCAAUCAAAAAUAUCCACACACCUACUCAUUAAAAACGUUUUUAUUUAUUUUUUACAUGGUAUAAUAAUAGUUAAGACAUCAAAACUAUGAAGUAACACAUAUGGAAUCAUGUAGUAACCAAACUGAGAUGAUUUGGGAGGAGUUGGACCACAGAGUGAAGGAAAAUAAGCCAACAAGUGCUCAGCAUAUGUGGGAACUUCAAGACGGUUGGAAAAUCAUUCCAGGUGAAACUGGUUGAGAGAUUGCCAAGGCGAAGGGUGACUACUUAUAUAUUUGUUUAACACUUUUUUGGUUACUACAUGAUUCCAUAUGUGUUAUUUCAUAGUUCUUCUGCCUUCACUUUUAUUCUACAAUGUAGAAAAUAGUACAAAUAAAGAAACCCCCCUGAAAUUAGCAGAUUUGUCCAAACUGUUGAUUGGUACUGUAUAUAUACAUAUACAGUGGGGCAAAUGCAAAUUAAUUAGUUAAAAUUUAUUCAAUGUGAUUUUCUGGAUUUUUGUUUUAGAUUCCGUCUCUCACAAUUGUAGUGUACCUAUGAUAAAAAAAAAUUACAGACCUCUACGUGCUUUGUAAGUAGGAAAACCUGCAAAAUCGGCAGUGUAUCAAAUACGUGUUCUCCCCACUGUGUAGACCGAUUAGUACUGUAUAUAUACAUAUACAUAUACAUAUACAUAUAUAGACCGAUUAUAUAGUAAUCCAAACAAAUUAUCAAAGUUGUAUUUCUAUAAAGAUUAAACUAGUUUGUUUCCAUGGCAGCGACAAAUGACAAGGAUCUGGUUUAAAUGAGUCAUUUUAGUCUCUGCAAAGAAUAUAAAACUAAAAUGUGCAAUGAAUUAAGGUUCCCAUUAAUUUUGUAUAAAGUUACUGCAGUUUUCUGUCUUAAAUGAUGUUGUAAAACUCUACUGUGUUAUACAUGUAACUGUGAAUGUCCAUACGAGUUUUGUUUUGUCUAAAUGUUGAAAAAAAAUCUGCUAUUAUUUGCUGUUUUCUGCAAUAAUAGGAUUAUUUCAGAAACUAAAGCACAUAUAUCUUAUAUUAUAUAUAUCUUUCUGAAAUGUAAAAAAAAAAUAAUAGAUGGCAAUAACAAUAAUAGUAGAAUAAUUAAAUCAUAGAUACACUUGUCUAGUCAAAGAAUCUUGUUUUGUAUAUUUCUACCAGUCUCAUGGGCCUAAUGUAAAAUAUUCUAUGUACAAUAUAUAAUACAUGUUGUUAGAUGGUGUUAUAUGAAAAAGCAUGAUUGCUAUAUAUGUUAUCUGCAGAAGUAAAUAAAGAACUAUAGA